AUUUAUUAUGGCUUCCUAUAAAUCUAUUUUAGAUGGUCUUCUUGAAUCUGUGUCAAAUAUUGUUGUUGGUAAAAUAAGGACAUUAAAAUAAACAUUCAAUGAUUCAUCUUUAAAUAGAUUACCUGCUAGUAGUGAUACAAAGUUAUCAUUACUUGGAACAAAAUAAUUUCAAUUGAUUGCUAAUCAAGUAGAAUAAUCAAUGUAGAGUAUUUCUGUAUUUUAUUAUUCAAGAAUUACUUAAUGAAUUUAAUCAAGACUUAGAAGAACAAUAUAAACAUUAAAUCAAUAAAUAAUAUUAAAGACCGUUAACUGUAAAUCAAUAUGUCUAUACUAGGGUACAAAUGGUUAAGAAUGUUAGAGAGAACAAAUAAAUGAAGAAUAAGAAAAAGGACUUGUUAUUAUGUUUCAUAAUAGACAAUAAAAUGAUGGUGAAACCACUCUUAAAGUAUUUAUUAUUCAUUUAAGACAGUUCAAUAAUCUUAAAGAUUUCUUAUAUUAUGAUAGUAAAAAGGUUAAAUAAGUGUUAAAUCUAUCAAUUGAAUUUAAAUCAUAAGGUAUAUCAAUUAAAUUAAUCAAUAGGUAUGACUGAUAAUAAUAUGGAACAUUUUAUGAAAAAGUUUAUACAAUUUUAUAACAUUGAAUAAUUAAAACUAAACUUAGGAUGGUAGUUAAUAUUUUUAUAUUAGUAAUUCAUUGACAGUUAUAGGUGCUAGAUAAUUAGCUGGUUGUUUCACUAAUUUAAAUCGUUUAUCCUUUAUGGAUGUAUCACUUUAUAAUAAUAAAAUUACUUGGGAAGGUAUUGAUGCUUUAAUGCAUGCUUUUAAACAUUUAUAUAAUCUAAAAGAUUUAAAUUUGGAUGUCUCUUGUAAUCCUAUAGGAAAUAAAGGAUUUGUUAUUGUAUCUAAAGCCUUACCUGAAAUCAGAAGAUUACGAAAACUAUGGUUAUCAGCAUAUGAUAUUGGAAUCAAUGAUGAAUCUUUCAAAAUAUUUAACAAUGAAUUUUCUAAAUUACCUCCAUUGUUGAUUGCUAAAUUUGAUUUUAAAGUGUAAUUAAUUAAAUUAACAUUUUAUCUAGUAAUCCUUUUAAUAAGAAAUUGGUUUCUGAUUUGUAAAAGAUUAUUCACGAAAAAAAAAUUAAUAAUUACGAGAUUUUAGUAUGA